UUUGUUUUUAGUGGAAAAAGUUGUUGUAUUGAAAUUUUCUAAAUUAAUAUAGUUAGUGCUUUACUUAGCUGAUUGAUUGAUCAGUACGUUUCGACAGCGGAACUAUUAAGGUUUUGAUGUUUUAGACGUGAAAGUUUUCUUAAAGGACGUGGUAUACCCCAGCUGAUCACUCCUUAAAAAUUGUUUGCGUGUGUUUUCUGGCAGAUCAUGAGCAAGGACUACCAGAUGAAGGCUGCAAUUAACCAGAAGCUGAUAGAAAUGGGAGAACGGGAGCGGUUAAAAGAGCUGCUCAGGGCAAAGCUGGUGGAGUCUGGAUGGAAGGAUCAAUUGAAGGCUCACUGCAAAGACGUUAUCAGAGAAAAGGGUCUGGAGCACGUCACCGUGGAGGAUCUGGUCACAGAAGUCACACCUAAAGGCAGAGCGCUCGUACCCGACAGCGUGAAGAAAGAGCUCCUGCAGAGAAUCCGAGCUUUUCUAGCUCAACACGCCGCCCUGUAAGAACCAAACGGUGCUCAGUUUGCCGUCCGUCACCCAACAGAACCUCAAAGCAGAAGUAUUGUUGAUGUAAAUUGUCUUUUUUAUUGUAGGUUUUUUGUUUUUCUUUUUGUAUUCAUGUCAGUUUGUUUUGCUGUUAUUUGACAGAAAUAAAAAAGAGACUUUGGUAUUUUGGAAACUGUUGUCAUAUUUUUCUUUUGUCUGCUUCAAACAGGUUUGUUUUCUCAGACCGACUGCCUGAUGAGGGAUUUGUUCCAGAAAACAGAUUGUAAACAGUUUGGCAAAAAUGUAACAGAAGCAUUCAGCAGGUGAACCGCCUGCUGAGUAAUAAUGCAGUAAUUGCUACAUCUUUUCUAAUAUUUUACAGCUAAUUACUAUAGUUUUUAUGUUCUUGAAAAAAAAAUCCACAUUUUUUGGUGUCACUGGCCUGAAAUGUUAUAGAAAGCAAAAAGCUAAAUAAUAAAAAUGAUCAUUGCUGAAUAAAUUUUAUAAGUUGCAAUUUAUUUUAAUCUUGAGGAAUUCUUUUAAACAUGUUUUGGAUGAACGCGAAACUCUGAUCACAGUGUUGACGUAGCGUAGACUUAAAAAUGUGCUUUCCUGGAUCAACGCAGUAUUUAUUAAGCAAAAAAAAAAAA